UCCGUCUUCAACCACUUCGCAUACAACGUCAACCAUCAUGGCGCCCAAGAAAAAGGAAACGCCAGCAACUGGCCAGCUUCUGAUCUCUGUCGCAGAGUUCAGGAAGACCCGCGACUCGGUACGUACCACAACUUGCUUCGUCUUGUCUGCAAUAGCGACGCGCCUGCCUUCAGUUACCGCGUCGCGAUGGCACCACGCUCAACACGGCGCCACCUUCACCUCGCCUCGUCUUUUCUUUUGUGUAACCUUGAUCGCCUAAUCUACGCGACUCCAAAUUGGCGACAUUUGCCUAUGAGCGGCUUCCUGCGCUUCUGCCAGAGACGCGUCGUCAACCCCAGCUAGUCGCAAUGGCGCCAGCGCAACCAAGAUCGCGCAAUCGCUCCAGCGCGAGCAAGACUGUAGCGCACAAAGACGAAGCAAUUGCUUACAAUCACAAUCAGGUCAUUUUCAAUCUCCACGAACUCCAGAAUGGCCUGGUCAAUGUCCAGCACGGCAUCACCAGUCUCUUGGAGAGCUACAAACAGCACUGCCACUCAGUCCUCGGCUACGAAGAGGGUGCGACAACACCCUACAACAACGAUAUCGCCACACUCGGCGCUGCCGCUUCUGCCGCCUCCGUCCUCGAAGCUGGCCAAAAAGCCGUCGAAGAAGUAACCCAGGGCCUCGGCGACAAGGCGGGCGACGCGAGCAAGAGCAAGAAGCGCAAACGUGAGAAGAAGGAGAAGGACCCCAAUGCGCCCAAGAAGCCGCUCACCGCUGCCUUCUUGUACCACCAACAUGCGCGUCCCAUCGUCAAGGCCGAUCUUGAGGCCGCGCUUCCUCCAGGUGGCCAGAUCGAGAAGAACGCAGUCCAGAUCGAGGUGAACAAGCGCUGGAACGAGCUCUCAGAGGAGGAGAAGGAGCAAUGGAAGGCGUCUUACCGCAAUUCAAUGGAGGAGUACAAGACCGCGUUAGCUGCAUACGUCGCAAAUAAGGGCAUCAAGGACGCCGAGCUUAUCGAAGAGGAUGACGCUUCCGACGAGGCCGAGCCCGAAGUAGAGGCUGAAGUUGGCGCAGCCGAUUCUGAUGUAUCCUCUGAAGACGAGGAGGAAGCACCAGCUGCCAAAGCACCCUCUCCACCUGCAAAAACUCCACGCAAGCGCCAGAAGACAACUCCAGCUGUCAAUGGCAACUCAAUCCCCGUCUCCAUCGCUCCCGCUGCUACCGCUUCAACUCCAGUUCCACUGCCGACCUCCCGCACAGCGCCGCAAACGACAGCCCCUGCCUCCAAUGCCGUCGCCGAGACACCUGCGAAGAAGGAUAAGAAGAAGAAAGACAAAGCCGCACCACAGCCUAUCGCCCCUGCUCCAGCCACCUCCCCCGACGAGCCCAGCCCCGAGGAGACUGGCGGCAAGAAGAAAUCCAAGUCUGGCCGUAGCACGCGCAACAACGAGGUCGAGGGUGAUAAGGAGAAUGCAGCGCAGGAGAAGGAAAAGGCUGAGAAGGCCGAGAAAGCCGAAAAAGCUGGCAAGGAGAAGAAGCGCGAUCGCAACAAGAGGAAGAGCGAGGUUGCUUCAACCUAGAAGGUAAAGAAGACACGCAAGAAAAAGAGGCGCGACCACAGGAAGAGAAGGUCUGCCUCAACCCAGACGGGUUUCUUCCCGUCGUGAUUCAUCCACAGCAUGCGCUUCCCUUCAUGUUUUCUCUCAUCACUUCAGCGAAGGAGAUGUGAAGCGAGUUCGUCCCUGACACGAGAAUGGUGGUUAGACGCAAUAUUCUGUACCGUAUGCUUUUCCCUGUCGCUAGGUUUUUUUUGGAAAGGCGAAUGGUGUGAAUAAGCGUACUGUACGACAUUGUCUUCGGACGAGCAUCUUCCUAGUAUAGAUAUCAAGGAGAUUUGCGAAUAGCAUGG